AUGUUAAUGAGUAAGGAGGUUUUAGUAUGGAGUAUGGAUCAUUUGUUAUACUGUGACUACGCUUUUGACUACUGGGGAAAAGGAACAGCGGUCACCGUCACAUCAGCGACUUCUAAGGGUCCAGAUGUAUUUCCUCUGAUGCCAUGUGGUUCUGGUAGUGGAGACACAGUCACCCUUGGGUGUCUUGCCACCGGAUUUACUCCCUCCACGCUGACUUUCUCGUGGAAUCAGGACGGCUCAUCUUUGACUGACUUCAUUCAGUACCCUCCAAUUCAAAAAGGCAGCGAAUAUAUGGGAAUCAGUCAAAUCCGAGUCAAGAGACAGGACUGGGAAGCAAGAAAACUAUUCCAAUGUGCCGUAGAACACGCUGAGGGAAAAGGACAGGUUCCUUUCGUCAAGCCAAACAUGCAUUAUCAGUUGCCAGAUCUUAAACUGUGUUCAUCCUCUGUUGAGGGAACACACGAGGCUUCCUUCUCCUGCUUUGCCAAAGAUUUUUCUCCAAAUAAAUUUGAGUUCAAAUGGCUGAAAGAUGGCAGAAAAAUCAACAGCACAGUAGAAGAGAUCGUUACACAGUCUGGACAAAGGAAGUUCACCAAUGGAACGGUACUGUACAGUGCAGCAAGUUUGCUCACCGUAAAGACCAGUGAAUUAAUCACUGGAGCAAAAUUCACAUGCCAGUUCAAUGGGAAAGGGGAAAAUAACACACAAAGUCAGGUGACUAAUGAUGUGACCUACAAAGAGUGUUCAACAGGUGGUGAUGGGUGUCCCAACUCAGAUGUGGAAGUAAAAAUCAUUGAACCCACAAGUCAGGACAUGUUAAUUAAGAAAAAAGGAUCCCUCAUAUGUCAGGCCACAGUAUCCAGAGGUAAACUUGAGAGGAUUGUGUGGGAGGAUGUGCAUGGAAAAGAACUGGUCUCCAUCAAUACAACAACUAGCAAAGUAUUCAAAGCUGUUCUGGAUAUCAGCUACGAGGAAUGGGUUAAAGGAAUCGAACGUAUCUGCAUUGUGCAUAACGAUGCCUGGUUUGAGCCACUGAAGAAACCUUACAAAAGGCAGAAUGGAGAACCUCUGCGUCCUUCCGUGUUUAUGUUGCCUCCGCUAGAACAUACUAAAAAAGACAUGGUGGUCCUGACUUGCUAUGUGAAAGACUUCUACCCUCACGAUGUUUUCGUUUCUUGGUCUGUUGAUGAUGAAGAAGCAGGCUCAAGUUUCAGGCCCAAUACCACGGCCCCCAUCGAAAAUGAUGGAUUGUAUUCUGUUUACAGCCAGAUAACCCUCAGCCUUGAGCAGUGGCAACAGCCCGAUCAGGUGUAUAGCUGUGCUGUUUACCACCAAGCUAUUGUAAACUCCAAUAACGCCAUUGUCAGAUCUAUUGGAUACAGAACAUUUGCAAAUACCAACAUGGUCAACCUGAACUUGAACGUCCCUGAAACGUGCAAGGCCGAGUAG